AUGAAGUACGGUUUGCCUUUGCGAAUAAUUGGUCUAGCGUACCUGUUACUGCUGUUUAGGGUACGUAGGGUAAUCGGGUGGGAGCUGUCAUAUGAGGAGUACCAUGCAGCGCAUCUUAACGAAGCCAUCAACUUAGACGACGAUUGGGACAAAACUACCAAAAACCUGCUGUUACCGUUUAAUAGAACUCGCGUACCCGGAUCGAAAGGUUCGCGCGAGAUCCAGCGCUUCAUCAUCGAUCAUUUCAACAAGACGCUGGCGGGAGAGUGGGUCGUUGAGACGCAACCUUUUGAGGAAAACGGUUACCACUUCAACAACCUCGUUAUGACGUUACAAAACAACGCGAGCGAGUACAUAGUGCUUGCCGCUCAUUAUGACACGAAGAUAGCGCCCACAGGGAUGGUGGGCGCUAUCGACAGUGCAGCCUCGUGUGCCGCGUUGCUGUAUACGGCCCAGUUCCUAACGCACAUCGCGUGCCACGAGCGCUCGAGAGGGUACAGUGAGCUAGAGUCAAACGCAGUAGUAACGAGUUCUACCAUGGGUGUAAAGAUUGUGUUCUUUGAUGGAGAGGAGGCCAUUGAAGAGUGGGGGCCCGAGGACUCGAUUUAUGGAGCACGGCGAUUAGCCGCCCAAUGGCUUGCUGACGGUACGAUGACACGUAUUCGCCUGCUAUUGCUUCUGGAUCUAUUAGGAAGUGGCGAAGAGGAGCCAAUAGUGCCCAGCUACUAUGCAGAAACACAUCAAGAAUACCAACUGCUCAAUCGAAUAGAAGACGAUUUGUUAUUCCGGCGAGGAGAUGAAACUGAUACCGAAUCGCCAUUAGCCGCCCAAGUCGCGUGUCAACGCAAACGCCUGGACCCGACUGACUACCGGUUUUUGGGGCUAGGACAUUCGGUCAUCGGAGACGACCACACGCCAUUCCUGGCCGCUGGAGUACCCGUAUUACAUGCAAUCCCACUGCCAUUUCCGAGCACAUGGCACACCGUGGAGGAUGACUUCCGGCACUUGGACGCCGCGGAGGCUCGUCACUGGACGCUGCUGGUGUGCGAAUUUGUAGUACGGUCACUGGCCUCUCGUAAGCCGUGA